AUGCAAACUGAAACAACCAUGUCUGGAGAAGUGCGUUUGAAGCAGCUGGAACAGUUUAUUUUGGAUGGGCCAACUCAGACUAAUGGGCAGUGCUUCAGUGUGGAAACCUUGCUGGAUAUACUCAUCUGCCUUUAUGAUGAAUGUAGUAAUUCCCCUCUGAGAAGAGAGAAGAACAUCCUUGAGUAUCUAGAGUGGGCCAAACCUUUUACAUCUAAAGUGAAACAGAUGCGACUACAUAAAGAAGAUUUUGAAAUCCUGAAAGUGAUUGGUCGAGGAGCCUUUGGGGAGGUUGCAGUAGUAAAACUGAAGAAUGCAGAUAAGGUUUUUGCCAUGAAGAUACUUAAUAAGUGGGAGAUGCUGAAGAGAGCUGAAACAGCCUGUUUUCGAGAAGAGAGAGAUGUGUUAGUGAAUGGAGAUAACCAGUGGAUCACAACAUUACAUUAUGCAUUCCAGGAUGAAAACUAUUUAUACCUGGUUAUGGAUUACUAUGUUGGAGGAGACCUGCUUACAUUGCUCAGCAAGUUUGAAGACCGACUACCUGAAGAUAUGGCUCGUUUUUAUUUGGCUGAGAUGGUGAUAGCUAUUGAUUCAGUUCAUCAGUUGCAUUAUGUUCACAGGGAUAUUAAACCAGACAACAUUUUGAUGGAUAUGAACGGACAUAUUCGAUUAGCAGAUUUUGGUUCUUGUCUGAAACUGAUGGAAGAUGGAACGGUCCAAUCGUCAGUGGCAGUUGGAACACCAGACUACAUCUCUCCAGAAAUCUUGCAGGCCAUGGAAGAUGGAAAAGGGAAGUAUGGGCCCGAGUGUGACUGGUGGUCCCUCGGUGUUUGCAUGUAUGAAAUGCUCUACGGAGAAACGCCCUUUUAUGCUGAGUCCUUGGUGGAGACAUAUGGGAAAAUAAUGAACCACAAAGAGAGGUUUCAGUUUCCUACUCAAGUGACAGAUGUCUCUGAAAGUGCAAAGGACCUCAUCCGAAGGCUCAUUUGUAGCAGAGAGCAUCGACUUGGACAAAAUGGGAUAGAAGACUUUAAGAACCAUCCUUUUUUUGCUGGGAUUGAUUGGGAUAACAUUAGAAACUGUGAGGCACCUUACAUCCCAGAAGUCAGCAGCCCCACUGAUACAUCAAACUUUGAUGUGGAUGAUGAUUGCUUAAAAAAUUCUGAAACAAUGCCUCCACCGUCACACACUGCAUUUUCUGGCCAUCAUCUACCAUUUGUGGGUUUCACAUAUACAAGUAGCUGUGUGCUUUCAGACCGCAGCUGUCUAAGACUAACAGCUGGACCACACUCCAUGGAUCUUGAUGCCAGCGUUCAAAGAACUUUAGAAGACAGUUUAGCAACAGAGGCUUAUGAGAGGAGAAUACGACGUCUAGAACAGGAAAAGCUUGAACUUAGUAGAAAACUGCAAGAGUCCACCCAAACAGUCCAGGCUCUGCAGUAUUCAACAAUGGAUGGCCCAAUAACAGCAAGCAAAGAUUUAGAAAUCAAAAGUUUAAAAGAAGAAAUUGAAACAUUGAAGAAACAGGUAACAGAUUCUGGUCAGCUAGAACAGCAACUUGAGGAGGUCAGCACUGCAAGGCGAGAAUUGGAUGAUGCUUCCAGACAAAUAAAGGCUUUUGAGAAACAGGUCAGAAUGCUGAAGCAAGAGAGGGAAGAUCUUAAUAAGGAACUGGCAGAGUCUAGUGACAGGUUAAAAUCCCAAGCCAAAGAGCUGAAAGAUGCACACAGCCAGCGGAAAUUGGCAAUGCAGGAGUUCUCAGAGAUGAAUGAGCGGCUGACAGACUUGCACUCUCAAAAACAAAAGCUUGCCCGCCAGCUCCGAGAUAAGGAGGAAGAAAUGGAAGUGGUGAUGCAAAAAGCAGAAAGUUUAAGGCAAGAGUUACGCAGAACAGAGAGACUUAAAAAAGAACUGGAAGUCCAAGCUGAGGCCGCAGCUGCUGAGGCAUCCAAAGAUAGGAAAUUACGAGAGAGAAGUGAACAAUACUCUAAACAGUUGGAAAGUGAAGUGGAAGGACUAAAGCAAAAACAGAUUGGCCGCUCACCUGGACUGAGCAGUAUAGAACACCAGCAAGAGAUCACUAAAUUAAAGGCAGACCUGGAAAAGAAAAGUGUAUUCUAUGAAGAGGAAUUAUCUAAACGUGAAAUAAUGCAUGCUAAUGAAGUAAAAAGUCUGAAGAAAGAACUGCGGGAUGCAGAGAGCCAGCAGCUUGCCCUCAAGAAGGAGAUAAUGAUUUUGAAAGACAAGUUAGAGAAAACCAGAAGAGAAAACCAAAGUGAAAGAGAGGAAUUUGAAACAGAGUUCAAACAGAAGUGUGAACGAGAAAAGAUUCUGCUAACAGAGGAAAACAAAAAACUUUCCAAUGAACUCGAUAAGCUCACCACCAUGUUUGAGAGGCUGAGUAUGAGUAACCGGCAGCUGGAAGAAGAGAUGAGAGAUCUGGCUGAUAAAAAGGAGUCCGUGGCCCACUGGGAGGCCCAAAUUACUGAGAUCAUCCAAUGGGUAAGUGAUGAAAAAGAUGCUCGAGGUUAUCUUCAAGCUUUGGCCUCUAAAAUGACAGAAGAACUAGAGGCCUUGAAGAACUCCAGUUUAGGUGCAAGAGCUACAGACAUGCCCUGGAAGAUGCGGCGCUUAGCAAAACUGGAUAUGUCUGCAAGGUUGGAGCUACAGUCUGCUCUUGAUGCUGAAAUCCGAGCCAAACAAGCUAUUCAAGAUGAGUUGAAUAAAGUCAAAGCUUCCUGUAUCUCUACAGAGUGUAAAUUGCAAGAAUCUGAGAAGAAGUACAUGGAACUCUUGACAGAUGUUGAAAGACUGAAAAAGGAGACAGAAGAACUUAGAUCAGAAAAGGGUGUAAAGCACCAAGACUCACAGAAUUCUUUCUUGGCAUUUUUGAAUGCGCCUACCUCUGCUCUGGAUCAAUUUGAAGAUUCCUUUUCCUCCUCUUCAUCCUCAUUGAUUGAUUUUAUGGAUGACCGUUCUCCUUCCUGUAUUCCAGCUAACAAAGGCAGACAUAUUGACUCAGUUGAGAACUUUACACUGUCUAAUGCUCCAUCGCGGGAUGGAGAUGUCAAGUCUCACCUCCAUUCAAGUUCGAGAUCUCCUUCUACCGCUAGUGAGAUUGAACCAAUUGAGGUCACAGAUCAUCCUCCCCGUUUAAUUCACACACCAACCAUGAGGACAGCAUAUAUUGGAUCGGGACUGUCUGCACCAAAGCCUAAAGCCCACCAAUUUGUAGUGAAAUCAUUUAAUAUACCAACAAAAUGCAAUCAAUGCACAUCUUUGAUGGUUGGAUUAAUACGACAGGGCUGUACUUGUGAAGUAUGUGCAUUCUCUUGCCACGUGACCUGUGCAGACAAGGCUCCUGCAGUAUGUCCAAUCCCUCCCGAACAGACAAAAGGACCUUUGGGAAUAGAUCCACAGAAAGGCAUAGGAACAGCUUAUGAAGGACAUGUCAGAGUACCAAAACCAGCUGGAGUAAAGAAAGGUUGGCAGAGAGCACUGGCAAUUAUCUGUGAUUUUAAACUCUUCCUGUAUGAUGUAGCAGAAGGAAAAGCAUCCCAGCCCAGCGUGAUAGUGAGUCAGGUUAUAGACAUGAGGGAUGAAGAAUUCUCAGUGAGUUCUGUCUUGGCCUCAGAUGUCAUCCAUGCAAAUCGAAAAGAUAUCCCAUGUAUCUUUAGGGUCACAGCUUCCCAGCUCUCUACAUCCAGUAAUAAGUGUUCAAUCCUGAUUCUAGCAGACAGUGAGAAUGAAAAAAGCAAGUGGGUAGGAGUGCUGAAUGAACUGCACAGGAUCUUGAAGAAGAACAAACUCAAAGACCGCUCAGUCUAUGUUCCCAAAGAAGCUUAUGACAGCACCUUACCCCUCAUCAAAACAACGCAGUCAGCAGCAAUCAUAGACCAUGAAAGAAUAGCUUUGGGGAAUGAAGAAGGAUUAUUUGUUGUGCAUGUCACCAAAGAUGAGAUUAUCCGUGUUGGUGACAAUAAGAAGGUUCAUCAGAUUGAGUUUAUCCCAAGUGAACAGCUUAUUGCAGUAAUCUCAGGACGAAACCGUCAUGUGCGGCUUUUCCCUAUGGUUGCCCUGGAUGGAAGGGAGACUGAGUUUUAUAAGCUGGCAGAGACAAAAGGUUGUCAGUCAAUAGUUUCUGGACAUGUGUGCCAUGGAGCUCUUACAUGCCUCUGUGUAGCUAUAAAAAGGCAGGUCCUCUGUUAUGAACUAAAUCAGAGUAAGACGCGUCAUAAAAAGAUCAAGGAGAUCCAAGUCCAAGGGAACGUCCAGUGGAUGUCAAUCUUUAGUGAUCGUCUUUGCGUUGGCUACCAGUCAGGUUUCUUAAAAUAUUCCCUUCAUGGAGAAGGCAGCCCGUACAGUCUGCUCCAUCCAGAUGACCACACACUAUCAUUUAUCUCACAGCAGCAAACUGAUGCCAUCUGUGCAGUCGAAAUCUCAAAUAAAGAAUACCUGCUGUGUUUUAGCAGCGUAGGAGUUUAUGUUGACUGCCAGGGCCGAAGAUCCAGACAACAAGAAUUGAUGUGGACUGCAACUCCAUCUUCUUGCUGUUACAAUGCACCAUACCUCUCUGUGUACAGUGAAAAUGCUAUUGACAUCUUUGAUGUGAACUCCAUGGAGUGGAUUCAAUCUAUUCCUCUCAAAAAGGUACGACCCUUGAAUACAGAAGGAUCACUAAACCUUUUAGGCCUGGAAACAGUUAGAUUAAUAUAUUUCAAAAACAAAAUGGCAGAGGGUGAUGAACUGGUAGUUCCUGAGACAUCAGAUAACAGCCGGAAGCAAAUGGUUCGAAACAUCAACAACAAGCGUCGCUAUUCAUUCAGAGUACCAGAGGAGGAGAGGAUGCAGCAGAGGAGGGAGAUGCUACGCGAUCCAGAAAUGAGAAAUAAAUUAAUUUCUAACCCAACUAAUUUUAACCACAUAGCACAUAUGGGCCCAGGAGAUGGUAUACAGAUUCUCAAAGACCUUCCAAUGCAACAGCAAGGGCAGCAGGCCCAUAUGACACCAUGUAAAGAAGGUGCUCAGAGGACUGGGGGUGACAAUCAGCAUUCCCCUUAUCAAUUCCCUCAUCAUCACUCCCGUCUGAUCUCUUCUCCGAGCAACUUUGAGCACAUCUACCACAUGACUGUUAAUUCAGCUGAAAAAUUCCUCUCUUACGAUUCCAUAAACCCCGCAUUUUCCCCGCCUCCACGCUCUGUCCUCGGUACUCCAGACUUUAUGACUCUGAGGAAUCUUCGGCCUCAGGAAAGUCGGACCGUAUUCAGUGGCUCUGUCAGUAUCCCAUCAAUCACAAAAUCCCGCACAGAACCAGGACGAUCAAUGAGCGCAAGCAGCGGGUUAGCAGCACGAUCUGCGCAAAACGGCAGUGCUUUGCGGAGGGAAUUCUCAGGAGGUAGCUAUGGAGCAAAGCAUCAGCCUAUGGCAUCACCCUCAGAUGGUUCCUUAUCCUCUGGUGGCCUGGACCAAGGCAGUCAAGCACCAACAAGGGACUAUGAGCGAGAGGACUCUGACUCUCCGAGACACUCUACUGCAUCGAACAGCUCCAACCUCAGCAGCCCUCCCAGCCCAGUUUCUCCUCACAAGACCAAGAGCCUCUCCCUGGAGAGCUCUGACCACGUGAGUUGGGACUCAUAAAGUGCUUCAGCAUUCAAAUUUGACAUCAGAGCAGCUUGCUGUCCCCUUCGCUCAUUCCAGUUCUCACCUUCGUAAUCCUAACCCUCCCUGUUCCCUGUGUGAAACUGAUCUGAGAGUGGGGUACAGAGGAAGGUAGAAGCUGAUCAUCUUCAGCACCAUUCAGCACUGCCUCACCCUCCCUUCCUGGAUUUGACAGCAGCAAAUGAGCAAAGCUAGGGUCUUGGUAAACAUCAGAUGCUGUAGAUUUCUAUUAGGUUUCAUUUUUGUGGUUACAGCUGCUUAAUUUUUAACGACAUAUUUAUCCCACUCCCACUUCCCAAAAAGUAGCUUAAGUAGACAAGACCAGUAUGAACAAGAAAAAAUUCAGAGGGAUUUUGUUUUCAUACACUAGCUCAUUGUACUGUACAAAAGUAGCACAGACCCCUUCCCCUGCAUGGGGAAUGAUCAGUAUGUCAGAGGCACAUGAAAGUUUUCAGCCACCAUGUUUGAAUGUCAAUCUGAUUGUUGCCAGCAAAUCCUUAUUGAUUAAAAUGAUGCAUAUUUUACUACAGUACAGAGUUUAAAUAAAUACGCAGAUGAUAGAG